AACGUAUCAACAUGGCUCGUUUCGAUACCGAUCUAAAUUGAGAGCGUGCAGAUUUCUCGAGUGUACACAACGAGUGCAAUUCGUAGCAUGUCACACAUACAUCGUAUUUGACAUGUCUGCGUAUGAUCUGAAAGGGGGACUGUCAAAGCGUUAGUUGCGAACAUCCGGGCGCAGUAAUGGGCUUGAACAACGAAAUUCCCUCUCCAACAAUCGACGUCAUCUUGAACGAUCAACACAUUGUGACACAUUGAAAACGUAAAAACGCGACAAAACUAUACUGAGAGACAGUUACGUGCCGGUAGAUAGUUACGUCGGAGCGAUUUAUAACUGAUUCUACAUGUUUGUAUUUUCCCCGACUCUCCAUUAAGGCAAACUGGAAGAUUUUCAAAAACAUGGUUGUUGCUAUCUUAUCGGGAGACUUAUUCAAAUAAUGCAAUUAUGGAAACGUCGGACAACUCAGUAGAACCUGCUAAGGUCGCCGAGGAAAGCGAAAACUGUGAGGAGAAUAUCAAAGGCUACGUAGAGCCUAGAUUUGAGUGUCCUAUAUGUCUAACAUGGCUACGCGAUCCAGUUUUAACAUCUUGUGGCCAUAAAUUUUGUUCUCAGUGCAUUUACACUUGGCUUAAGAAAGAAGGCGCUUGCUGUCCAGUUGAUAGUCAACCUUUGAAAUCUGAAAACCUUUUCCCAGAUCUUUAUACCACUAGAGAGAUAUCUCAGAAACGUACAAGUUGUAUUUAUCAGCAAUUUGGUUGUCAAGUAAAAUUGUCUCCUGUGGAUAUGGAAACGCAUAUCACUCAGUGCACAUAUAAACAAGAUAUUUCAGAGCCUCGAGUACAAAAUAGCACUAAUGCAAUGUCUGUGGAGUCAAAAUUAUGGGAUCCACCUCUAAAAAAUAGGAUACAAGUUGCAGACAAGGAAGAGCCUUCUCCUGAUUGGCAACAAUUGCUCAAAAAUCUAUAUGAAAGAAUAGUAGUUUUGGAACAAGAAAACCGGGAGCUCUCUAUAACAGUAUCUAAUCAGAAAAAUCAGCUAGCGGCUAUGUGUCUACGAAAUUGUAAUGGAGUUUAUAUAUGGAGACUGAAAUCUUUUCAAGAAAAACUCGACGCUAUGACAAACGAUCCACAAAAAAUGUUCUAUAGUCCAGGUUUUUAUACAAGUCCAAACGGAUAUAAGAUCUGUGCGAGGAUUAAUAUAUCGUCCAAGAAUCACGAUUAUCUGUCUUUUCUUUUACAUAUUAUGAAAUCAGAAAAUGACGAUGCUUUGGACUGGCCGUUUAAUGGUACAAUGUUUUUUGCAUUGGUACAUCCACAAAAUUCGGAAAAAAAUAUAUGUGAAAAGACAUCGUCAAUAUCAGGUCUUGAGGCAUUCCAAAAACCCAUGUGUGAAUUGAAUAAACGUAGCUUCGGUUAUACAGAAUUUAUAUGUAUACGCGACAUAACUGAUUUUCUACAGCACGAUACUUUAAUUUUUAAAAUUGAAGUUUACCCUAUAUCUUAUAGAGAUAACAUCAAAUAGUUAUUAUGAAUUGAAACAUGAGUAAACUUU